CGUCAUAUUUUACUCUCAGUUGCCAGCCAGAACAACGACGCAGAUCUGCAGGUUACUUCAAAGUCCAAAGGAUGGAUUUGCGUGAGUACUUCAAAAGAAUUGGUUUCCAUGCCUCCUGUGAUAAACUGGAUCUUGCAACACUGAAGCUGAUCCACAGACAGCACGUUAUGUCCAUCCCAUUUGAGAACCUAAGCAUCCACUGUGGCGAGAGGAUCACCAUGGACCUUGAGGUCAUCUUCAAUAAGGUUGUGAGGAGCAGCCGUGGAGGCUGGUGCCUUGAGAACAACUCCCUGUUUGGCUGGGUGUUGAGACAAAUGGGUUUCAACACGACAACACUAAGCUCCAGAGUUUUCAAUAGUUUCCUCAAUGACUUUGGCCCGCUUGACUCUCAUCUCAUUAACAAGGUCAUCAUUGAUGGGAAGGCUUAUAUAACAGAUGUAAGCUUUGGGGUGUCAUCACAAGUGCGAGAGCCUCUGGAGCUUAUUUCUGGAAAGGAGCAGCCCCAGGCAGCGGGUGUUUUUCGCCUCAUAGACAAACGGGACAUGUGGGUGCUGGAGAAGACUGGCAGAAAACCAAAGGUUCCUAAUCCAGAAUUUGCUACAUCAAGUCUGGUGAGCAGGAAGGAAACAAAGCAGAUCUACUGCUUCACCUUGGAGCCUCGCGGGAUGGAUCAUUUUGUAGAUAAAUGUCACAGGCUGCAGACCGACCCCGCCUCACUGUUCACCAAUAAGUCCAUCUGCUCUUUGCAGACUCCCACGGGAUUCAGAGCCCUGAUUGGAAAGACCUACAGUGAGGUCACCUUCAAACCAGAGGAAGGUGUUGAUGUCUUAGACAUGAGGGACAUAUCAGAUGAUGAGAUAGAAGAAAUUCUGAUGGAAAAGUUCAACAUAAAGCUGCAGAACAAACUAAAGCUCAUGAGCAACAAAUCCUGGUACACACUUUGAAAACAAUCCUCACAUAUCAACAUUUUAUGUUGAAGCUCGUCAGCAAAAUAAAAUAUUUGACAACUCCAUGAAUUAAAUUAUUUAGAUCUUCAGAAUUGUAGUUGCAUAAAAACAGAAAGAAAUGAGCUCUAAAUAAUGUGACUGAAUGAUGGAACGAUAAAAAAAGAACUCCAUUUGAAUUCCAAUUAUUCAAUUUGAUUUUAUUGUAUUCAUAUAGCGCCAAAUCACAAAAGCAGUCACUUCAAAGCACUUUAUAUUGCAAGGUAAAGACCCUACAAUAAUACAGAGAACACCACAACAAUCAAUUAUCCACAUAAUCAUUACAUAAUUAUGAACAAAUGGGAAAUUCACAUUGUUACAGCAGCAAAGUACACUAAACAGGAAAAUAUAAAUAGAUGCAGCAUACCUAACAACAGUAAAGCUAUGCAAGUAUAAAUAUUUUAAUUUGUAGUGUUAUUGUAGUGUAGUAGUUUACACAUUUGCCUUUGGGUUUCCACCAGGAUUGACAAAUCGAAGGUAAAGCCACCUGCUGUGGCAGCUCCUUGUAAAUAAGGGAGCAGCUGAAAGUAGCUUUAUUUGGAAUUGUAUUAUAGUGGAAAGUGAGAAGAAGGGAGUAGAGGAGAAAUGCUCAGUGCAUUAUGGGAAGUCUGUCAGAAUAUGUAAAUUAGGCUUAAAACGUAUCUGAGCUUUAUUCCU